AUGGCUCGAAAAAUUAUCGCUGCACUCAUCUUGUUGGCUAUGCUUUCCACAAUCAACGCUGUGCCAAAUUCAAUGCUUGUUUGGACGAAAUGUUUUGAUACAAUUUCACUACCUACCGUACAAGCAAAUUAUCCUAUACCUGGUCAAGACCUGACCGUUACCGUUUCGGGAGAG